CCUGACAUGCAGAAGGGUCGAACUCUCUCUGAAGUCUCCGCCCUCUUCUGACGUGACAGGAAGGAAGUAGCUCGUACCGAUCUGAAGUACAGGGGGGAAAUUACCCGAAGAAAAUAUGGCACCUGGUUUGCAAAUUAAGAUUGGAAUCAUUGGAGGGUCAGGUCUUGAUGACCCAGACAUCUUGGAGGAAAGGACAGAGCGCUAUGUGGACACACCCUUUGGGAAGCCUUCAGAUGCACUGAUUGUGGGCAAGAUCAAAAAUGUUGAAUGUGUGCUACUUGCAAGGCAUGGCAGACAGCACACCAUAAUGCCCACUAAUGUGAACAACCAGGCCAACAUCUGGGCUCUGAAGGAGGAGGGCUGCACCCACCUUCUCGUCACCACAGCCUGUGGUUCCUUAAGAGAGGAGAUUCAGCCUGGUGACAUUGUUCUUCUUGACCAAUUCAUUGACAGGACCACAAAGAGAUGUCAAACAUUUUAUGAUGGCAGGCCGGCUAGUCCGCCAGGUGUGUGCCAUAUCCCCAUGGCAGAGCCUUUCUGUCACCGAACCAGGGAGGUGCUCCUUGAGGUGGCCCGUACCCUCGGGGUGAAGUGCCACCCUCGGGGGACGAUGAUUACUAUCGAGGGGCCGCGCUUCUCUUCACGGGCGGAAAGUCUCAUGUUCCGGCAGUGGGGUGCCGAUGUCAUCAACAUGACAACGGUUCCUGAGGUGGUGCUGGCCAAGGAGGCGGGCCUAUGCUAUGCUAGCAUUGCCAUGGCAACCGACUACGACUGCUGGAAGGAGCAUGAGGAGGCGGUAUGUGUUGACAAUGUCUUGAAAACUAUGAAAGAAAAUGCAAAUAAGGCCAGCAGUAUCCUGCUCACAGCAAUCCCCCAGAUCUGCCAGAUGGACUGGGACGUGACCCUAAAGGCCAUGAGUGUAAGUGUGGUAUCUUGACGUGACCCUAAAGGCCAUGAGUGCAAUGGUGCAGUCCUCUAUCAUGCUGCCCAAGCACUGAGAGAAGAAAGGCCCCUCCUGCUCCGGCUGUGGAGAUCUACAGUACAGACUCGGCAGCCUGUCUUCAGUCUUGCAUCAUUGUUUUAAAAAGUACAAAGUGCCUGAUCUGCAUGUUUCUAUGCAUGUUUCAUUCAUUCUUUGUACAAAACCACAUUCAGAUGUUUCAGACAGAAAGUAUGUGUUCAUUUGUUCAAUAAUUUCCAUUUUCUUUUUACAUAUUCAAAACUCGAUUAUGUAUGCAAUAGGUCAAAGUCUGACAAGAAUUGAACAUGUUUGUUUCAACCUUAUUUCUUUCUUUACAGAAUAAUCAUCAAAACAAACAAAAAACCUUAUAAAAUAACUUGUGGACCGGCUGCACAGUUGCACAUUAUGUUAAGAGUACAAGGACAAGGCCUUUCCAGAUUGAUGAUGUACCGUCCAUGUGACAUAAAUAGAUGUCAAUGAUAUCGGAGGAUAAAAAUUAGGUCAGUUCCAGGGUGAAACAGUUGCCGUUGAAACCUAGGGCAGUUCUAGAGUCACGUGUUUGAGACCGCUUCAUGUAAAACGGCAUCCUUCCUCCAUUUUGAAGACUCAUUCAGCUUUUUCAUUCUUUAAUCUUAAAAGAAUUUUAAGAAAAUUCAGUUGUAUAUGACUGAAAUAAUAUUUGUAAUGAAGUGCACCACCUGAAAUAUAUGAUAGAUUGUUUGAAGGUGCUGUUUAGUCCAGAUAUCUCUGAAUGUUGCCACAUUCAAAUUUUGAAAAGGAGGAAGUUGUAAGGCAGAAGUUGAAACCCAAAUGGUGUGAAUGAGAUGCAGUUGUUAGUCGUCAUGUUCCAAUCCAAAGGUCUGAUAGAUCUCUGUAUGCCUGCCUUUGCUUUACUUCUGAGCCUUACUUUGAUGACGUACCACUGAGUUAAUAAAACUUCACAAUUCCCUGCC